AUGGCGAGCGUCGUGGUUGUACGGGAGAGCUCCGGGGUGGAGAACGGGGGUUCGCAUGUGAACGGAGAGCUGGAGGAGGAUGAAGUGGCGGCUGCAGGGGACAGCACGGCCGCCAAGAAGAAGAGAAAGAAGAAGAAGAAGAAAGCCGGACAAGAGCCCGAGAAAGAAGCCGGCGCCGCAGCCCCCGUCAUUGAUGAGGUGACGAAACAGCUGGACAAGCAGACCCUGGAAAACAAGGACGAGGAGGAGGAAGAUGGCGAAGGUGAAGGAGAUGGUGGGAAGAAGAAGAAGAAAAAGAAGAAGAAGAAAGGAGCCAAAUGUCAAACAGACCCGCCAUCUAUUCCAAUUUGUGAUCUCUAUACAAAUGGUGUGUUCCCCAAAGGACAGGAAUGCGAGUAUCCUCCUUCUCAGGAUGGACGCUCUGCUGCGUGGAGGACAACCAGUGAUGAAAAGAAGGCACUGGACCAGGCCAGUGAGGAGAUAUGGACAGACUUUAGACAAGCUGCUGAAGCUCAUAGACAAGUGAGGAAGUAUGUCAUGAGUUGGAUCAAGCCAGGCAUGACCAUGAUUGAAAUCUGUGAAAAGCUGGAAGACUGCUCUCGCAAGCUUAUCAAGGAAAAUGGACUGUAUGCCGGCCUUGCGUUCCCCACAGGCUGCUCCUUAAACAACUGUGCAGCCCACUACACUCCUAAUGCUGGUGAUACCACCGUCCUGCAAUAUGAUGAUGUCUGCAAAAUUGAUUUUGGAACCCAUAUCAAUGGUCGUAUAAUUGACUGUGCUUUCACUGUAACCUUCAAUCCAAAGUAUGACAAGUUGCUAGAGGCUGUCAAAGAUGCAACAAACACUGGGAUAAAGUGUUCUGGCAUUGAUGUGCGCUUAUGUGAUGUUGGUGAAGCAGUCCAAGAAGUUAUGGAGUCAUAUGAGGUUGAAAUUGAAGGCAAGACUUAUCAAGUGAAACCAAUACGGAAUUUGAAUGGCCAUUCCAUUGGACCUUACAGAAUACAUGGUGGAAAAACUGUACCCAUUGUGAAAGGUGGAGAAGCAACACGAAUGGAGGAAGGUGAGGUGUACGCAAUAGAAACAUUCGGCAGUACUGGAAAGGGGGUUGUUCAUGAUGACAUGGAAUGUUCUCACUACAUGAAGAACUUUGAUGUGGGACAUGUGCCAAUUAGGCUUCCACGAGCAAAACACUUGCUGAAUGUCAUCAAUGAGAAUUUUGGCACUCUUGCUUUCUGCCGCAGAUGGCUAGAUCGUCUUGGAGAGAGUAAAUACUUAAUGGCACUAAAGAACCUGUGUGAUUUGGGUAUAGUAGACCCCUACCCACCACUCUGUGACAUCAAAGGCUCUUACACAGCACAAUUUGAGCACACCAUACUAUUGCGCCCAACCUGCAAGGAAGUUGUGAGCAGAGGAGAUGAUUAUUAAAGCUAUGGUAGAACCUGGUGCUGUCUCUUUAAAUACGCUUCUGUCGAAGCCCAUUGUGUGAUAUGCGGAAGGAAAAAAAGGCUUUAAUUCUUCUAUCUGGAAAUGGAAUGAAUGUGGUAUAGCUUUACUAACCAACUGGCAAGAUUCCAUUUCAGGAGAAAUAAUUCUCAUGGUUUAGCUUACUGGUUUAGGGGAAUAUGUAAUGUUACAGUUUACUUUUAAAACUUUUACAUUUAAGAGGCUUUUGAAAUAUUUAUAUUCACUUAAAUUGCCACAAGUUUCUUGAACUUGAUUCUGCAAGUACUAGCAUUGCAUUUUAAUUCCCUGGAAACCAUUUUGUAAAAAAUAAAGUUGACUUUUCUGUUCUAAA